AUGAAGUCAGUUUUGUCCUCCCUUUUAUCGUCUUCUUUGGUAGAGGCGUGGGAUGUGGUUUUUGUGAUACGGAGCCUAAAAAACUCAUAUCACACCCACGGGGCUGAACAAUGAAGAACAUCGCUUCCCCAUCAGGCUCAAACCUUAAAGCAGAGUUUACCAGAUGUUGUGCUCAUUCACAAGUUGUCAGGCUAUGAUGGGAAGUGCAGCAUUCUUCUGGCACUGCCACGUUAUGCAUCUGUUUUUAUUGAAACAUCUUCAUGGUUUGUGUUUUUGGAAGAAGAGACCAGCCUGAACUUAUACAACCUUCUGCAGGUGCUAAGCAAAUUCAAGACAUGAAAGGAGUGGUUUCUGGGCAGACCCCUCCAUGAUGAUGAAGCAACAAUUAUCCACCACUAUGCUUUCUCAGAGGACCCCUACAGCUUCACUUAUCCUGACUUCAUUGCUGGCUGGGCCCUCAGUUGCCCCGUGGCUAAGCGAACUGCAGAACGUGUGAAUUAUGAGCCGCCCAAAUCAGAUUUCACAACUGACCUUCAACGUGACAUUUCCCUCUACAUUUGGGAGGAAGGGAGAGGUCCUGCUUUGACUGCGGUGAACGAGUUUUGCUCAGAGCUACACAGCUUGUCCUCUACAGGAGAUUGUGCUACGUCCAUCAACACCUUGUCUGCAUGUGGAAACCCUGACAUCUUUGUUGCUGGUAAAACAUGUCAAAGAUUUCAUGGAGAUAGACUUCCUUUAGUUAAACAAACUUAUUUUUGUUGUUUUCUUUGUAUGGAUGGAUUCCUCGGGUUGUGGAAAGAUUUGUAG